AUGACCAUCGAUGAUCAUCUAUAUCGCGGACGCACCUACAUCUUCGAGUUUGACGACUUUUACGACAUCCUGUGGCCUGUCACUACUACAGACAGCAGCGACGAAUCCGUCUCAUCACUUGGGCCAACCGUCCGGCUUCCCAUACCAGCCGCUAGCCAUGUCUGCCGCGAGGCACGGGGCGAGGUGGCUCGCCACCUUGACUUCGAGACUACCGAGUUGCGCUCUCCAGGGCCGGCGGGUAUCCCGCGCACGAUCAACGUCCCUAUCCGAGCCUACAAGCCCGAGGUCGAUACCAUGUUUGUGAGCGCCGCAGACGUGGAAGGGUUCGUCCGCGCCACUCGCAAGGCAGCGGCACUGGGCCACCAGUACUUCGAAACUGUCAAAUACGUGGCCAUGACGCCGUUGGCCGUUCUGAAUGAGUUCCAGGACUACGAGCCGGUCGAGGGACUGGUAAAUCUUGCCGGGCUGAGAAGGUUACACUUCGUCCUCGACCACGGAUGGGUCGACAGCACCACCGACACCAAAUCAGCUCCGGCGAGAUACGAGGACAUCGAGGAGCUCAUGGAGGGGAGCUUUGACGAUCGCGCUUCUGGGACGCUGGAGGGCGGCGAGCUGGUGGUUGGGGAGCACAUGCAGCCCGAUCUCCGAGCAGAGACCUUCCUGGAGAGAACAAGGGAGAUGUUCUUGCCUGAGCUCGCUCACAAACAGCGCUUGGUCGAUCCGGCCACAAAGGGGCUUCUAUUUGAGAUGGGUGUCAGCAUCAUUAGACACGACUCUAGCCCCGAGUUUAUUGUCACGGAACGUCUACCUCUUGGACCCGAUGAGAUGUUCCAAGCCAGAUAUGAGAUCGAGAGAUAA